AGGCAAAGGAACAAAGGAAGAUCAAGAUUCGGUGGCUGUCUCUGGCAAAAGGAAAGUGGAAAGUGUCUUGGGGAUGGAUAAAUUUAAGGCUGCACUUGUUCUGGCUGCAGUAGGGGAUGCUCUCGGUUAUCGCAAUUUCUCCCGUGAAAACAAUGCCUUAGGCGCAAAAAUCCAGCAGGAGCUGAAGGAAAUUGGAGGGCUUGAGAACCUGGUGCUCUCUCCUGACAAGUGGCCAGUAAGUGACAACACGCUCAUGCACAUGGCUACAGCUGAGGCUGUCAUCACAGAUUACUGGUGUUUGGAAGACCUGUACCGGGAGCUGGUGAAGCGCUAUGUGGAUGCUGUGGACAAGCUCACGGGCAGGCGGCCGGACCCCGCCACCAUCGAGGGCUGCAGGGAGUUAAAACCAGACAACCACCUUCUGGCCUGGCACACGCCCUUCAAUGAAAAGGGUUCUGGAUUUGGAGCUUCCACAAAAGCCAUGUGUUUGGGGAUGAGAUACUGGAAGCCAGAAAGGCUGGAGUCACUUAUUGAAGUGAGCAUUGAGUGUGGGCGAAUGACUCACAACCAUCCCACAGGUUUUUUAGGGUCCCUUUGCACAGCUCUCUUUGUGGCAUAUGCAAUACAAGGGAAACCCCUUGCACAGUGGGGAAGAGAGAUGAUGAAGGUUGUGCCCAUGGCUGAAGAAUACUGUAAGAAGACCAUUCGUCACAUGGCAGAAUAUCAAGAGCACUGGUUUUACUUUGAAGCCAAGUGGCAGUUUUAUUUGGAGGAGAGAGAAAUCAUGGAGGAAAACCAGAAUCAACCUGCCUUUCCAGCCAACUAUGAUGCAGAGGAGAGAGAAAAGACGUACCGGCGCUGGAGCUCCGAAGGCCGGGGGGGAAGACGAGGCCACGACGCCCCCAUGAUCGCGUACGACGCCCUGAUGGGCUGUGGUGGGGACUGGACAGAGCUCUGCAACCGCUCCAUGUUCCAUGGAGGGGAGAGCGCGGCCACUGGCUCCAUCGCCGGCUGCCUGUUCGGCCUGGUUUACGGCCUGAGCAAGGUGCCCAAGGGCUUGUACCAGGACCUGGAGCAAAGGGAGAGGCUCGAGUUCUUGGGCGAGAAUCUUUACCGACUAUCCAUGGAGGAAAAGUAAAGCA